AUGGGAGGAAUUCCAGUGACGAAGCUCGAGAGCGCGCCGGCCACGCUCACCAACUACCCGUCCUCCGUUGUUAACGGUGUCACGCAAGAGGGAGGGUUGUUUUCUCUUACAUUCAAGUCGGUGACUUGCGCAGAACUCGUCCAAAACUUGGAUCUCAUGAGAGACGCCAUUUCUCCUGCUGAACGCCAAAGUGUACCCAAGUUCGCUAAUGACCUAGCUAACGACAAAUCCUACCUUGAGAAGCUUAAAGAGGAUGUUGAAAAAUUAAGACAGCAAGAGGUGCCGCCGCUUGAUGAUAGUAUCGGCAAGUUGCAGAGUCAGUUGGAUGAAGCUCUUGAUCAACACCAAUUAGGCGACGUUUCCAAGCAUAUCAGACAAGAAUACCAAGAACGCAAUCCCGACAAGACUCUUUUGCUCGAUAUGGGGACACCUAUACAUCUGAUUGUUGUUCCGGGACUUGAAGUCGAACAGGCGGCUGAAGACGACGCUUUGCUUACGUUUUAA